CAAGUGGUCUGUAUCAGUGUUUGCAAUUUCUGCCAAGAUUGUUUUUCUUUACUAGUGAAUCUCACAAAUGGAUAGAAAUGCCUUAGACCUAGGCUGCGCUACAAAGUUUUCCUGGAAUGGCUCCUAUUGGUUGGGAGCCAGUGGUCCUGACAGAUACAAACUUGGUGUAUCCUGCCCUGAAGUGGGACCUGGAUUACCUCCAAGAGAACAUUGGCAGUGGGGACUUCUCAGUGUAUAGUGCCAGCACAUACAAGUUCUUGUACUAUGAUGAGAAGAAAAUGACCAAUUUCAAGAACUUCAAGCCCAAGUCAAACAGGCAGGAGAUGAAGUUUAGUGAGUUUGUGGAGAGACUCCAGGAAAUACAGCAGAAAGGCAGCGGUGAGAGGUUGUAUUUGCAGCAGACACUGAAUGACACAGUCGGAAGAAAGAUUGUGGUGGAUUUCCUGGGCUUUAACUGGAACUGGAUCAACAAGCAGCAGGGGAAGCGUGGCUGGGGGCAACUGACUUCAAACUUGCUGCUUAUUGGCAUGGAAGGGAACGUGACACCAGCCCACUACGACGAGCAGCAGAACUUCUUCGCUCAGAUUAAGGGCCACAAGCGGUGUAUCCUGUUCCCUCCAGAUCAGUUUGAAUGCCUCUACCCGUACCCCGUGCACCAUCCGUGCGACAGGCAGAGCCAGGUGGACUUUGACAACCCUGACUAUGAGAAGUUUCCCCGUUUCCAGACCGUGGUAGGCUAUGAGGCCGUGGUGGGCCCGGGUGAUGUGCUCUACAUCCCUAUGUACUGGUGGCAUCACAUUGAGUCUCUGCUGAAUGGGGGAACCACCAUCACUGUGAACUUCUGGUACAAGGGUGCGCCCACCCCAAAGAGAAUUGAGUACCCAUUAAAGGCUCAUCAGAAAGUGGCAAUAAUGAGGAACAUUGAGAAGAUGCUGGGAGAGGCCCUGGGAGAUCCGCAAGAGGUGGGUCCCCUGUUGAACAUGAUGAUUAAGGGUCGGUAUGACUAGUCCCUGGCCACCUGGGUGACCAAUGGUGGAGCUGCUUCAUUCGCGAGUAAUGGAAGAUACUGAGCGCUAGUAUUGCACGCAGCACUUAAGACUCAUGGGCUGCUGGCCCAUCCCUGGCCCACUCCACAACAAAGAAGGGGACUACUGGAACUGCAAACCCAUUAGCCCACCUCCUUCCCUCUUCCUCACUGUCCUGCAACUGAAUCUCCUAAGACAGAUCCUUCCCGUAGUGAGCAGGAAUCCAGCUUCCACGAUGUGUGUUUCCCCUGGCUGCCGGGAGGAGCGGGCGCCUGGCACUCGAUGGCUUUCCUCUUCGGGUGGGAAGGGAGCCGGGAGUAGCUUGGUUUCCUCAGGCCCGCUGGCUGGGUUUCUGUGAGGGUGCCGGCAUGAGAUGGGACAGUCGGUCUGGAUAGGAAGAAGCCUUAGGUUCCAUGACCUGUUGGGUUCGAGGGCUUGGCCUUGCUGGGUCCUGGCGCUGUCAGACAGCGAGCAUGAGCAUGUGGUGACUUGUUUGAGGAGACGCUGCACAGAAGGCUUGGAACCCAGCCUGUGGUGGUGCGCGGGGUGUUGGGAGCUUGGUACCCUAGCAAGCUGUUCAAGUUGACCCUCUCCAGUGCGUGUGCACAUAAAGCCACCCUUUGAGUCCUGCGUCCGUCAGACGGCUCGCAGGGAGCCGCCUCUCUUGUUCACAGCAGCGCUCUCUGCAGAGUGACAGUCUCCUGCCUCCCAAAAGUGUUUCGGACGCGGUGAGGGAGACAGAAGCGAGGGCACUCACCAGCUCUGUCACGAGGAAGCCGUCAGUAUUGCUCUCGUGGGGCUUGAAGCUGAUGAACGCCCAGUUACUCUCACACACAGCUUCCCUCUUCUCCGGCAGGGGGUGCCGGCUUCCUGGCCAGCACGGCAAGUGCCCUUUGCUGAUGAACUCUGCGUGUUCUGUGGUGUGGCCCCCUUCCUUGCCGUCACGUGGGGGGGAGUUCCUGUCUCGUGUGUCCAUUUGUUUGAAUCCUUAGUGUGCUGCUUGGCACGGCAACUCUCAGAAUGAGAAGACGGCAUAGGAGCAGCAGAGCUUCCUGGUAGCGUCCUGGCAAUCCCCCUGAAAGCCGACUUGCCUUCCUAGUCCUUUCCCUGCAGAGCCUUCCAAACUCCCAUGGUGCCUGGCCUGGGCUUGCACUGCGCUGCUGUUUGGGAGAAACUUGGGGACUGCCCAUGGUUCUAGCUGAUCAUGGAGGUGAGAGCAGCUGGCUUGGAUCCCAUCUAGUCACCUCACUGGCAGGAAGGGUGUUCCUGUUCCUGGUUCCGAGUGUUUUGCCUCCGCUAGUGUUGAGGGGGUGACUGACGUUUGGGUUUCUGUGAAGUGUGUAGCCCAGGGAGGAGAUGUUGCUUGGGAAUCAGCAUUCUCUCCAUGGCUUGCAGUCCCGUUUCGUGGACCGUUCGCUGUGCCCUCUUAUGCUGGAGCAGAAGAAAGACUUGAGCAAAGCCGCAUUGCUGGGCAGCAUGUGGCCGGAGCGUCGGUGUCACUGUGUGUGGUGCUCAUAUCAAGAGAGGUGCCACGGGGCAAGCAGGAGUCCUGUUACCAAACCCCCCGUGUCCCUGACUUCGCAGUCGGUAAC